AUGAUCAUCAUAACCAUCCUCGCCUUGGCUUAUGUCUUCGCCAACUGUACACCAUUUGCUGCGACUUGGAAUCCUGCUUUGGGAUCAUGCCAAAAGGAGAUCAGUUUGCAGCUUGUCAGCUACAUCGUCUCGGCCAUACAAAUGGCAACUGAUUGGGCAUGCGCAAUUAUUCCAUGCUUCAUCGUAGCGGAACUGCAAAUGUCGAGGCGCAGAAAAGUCUCUGCCAUUGCCAUUCUCGGCCUUGGUGUUUUUGCAAGUGUCGCGACCUGUGUCCGUAUGCCAUACCUCAAGUACUACGACGUUGCCAAAUAUCCUAAGGAAACAGCAUACCAUCUUGCCGUUAUUAGCAUUACCUCAAACGUAGAAUGCUGCUUGGGAAUGAUCGCUUGUUCGCUACCACCUCUUCGAAAACUAUUCAAGUUCUAUUAUGGUUCUUCUCACGAGGGCAACUACGAGAUCACAGGCGAAAGCGAUCGCGGUUUGUCAAAUUCCAAUGGUGGUAUCAGGCUCGACUCAGUCGGUGGUCGAAGAGGGACGUUUCAUGCGUCAGCAAAACCAGAUACCAAACGUUCUCGAGAUAAUGAGACGGAUGACGACAACUCUAGUAGCAAGGGAAUUAUCCGCAAGACAGAAAUUACUGUUAGUAGUUCUUCGGAUUUCCACGUCUAG